AUGGCUGAUCAAGACGAAGCUCAUCUUGCCGAGCUUAAAAAGAAGAGAACCUUCCGCAAGUUCACCUACCGAGGUGUUGAUCUUGAUCAACUUCUUGACAUGUCGCGGUAUGUUUUUUUUUUUUUUUAUUUCUCCUAUAGCUGUAUUAAUUUUUUUGUUUUUCCCGUUUGAAGCUAGUUUUGACGCGGGUGGCAAAAAAAAUUUAUUGGUCUAAAGACUAUCCGAUGAAGCGUGCUUAGGCGCGAAGAUCCCGCCUUUAGAGAUCUAAAUGUUUUUUCUUGCAAUUUUUUUUCUCCCAAACGGACGAAGCCAACGAACAAGCAAACUAAUGCCGUUUUCAAGGUGAUUUCGCCUAUUCCAAAUUGGCGCAAUUGUUUUUUUUUUAACCCGAUUUUCCUAACCUUUUUCUAAAAUCUCGAUAAAGAGUCAGAAAACAACUUCGUUAAAUUAUAGAUCUGGAAAUAUGAAGGGAUGAAGGAAAAUUCUUUUAAAACGAAUUCUGCGUUCAAAGUAAUUCCGGCGAAUUAAAAAUGGACGCUUUAUUCGUUUAAAAUGAUUUCGGGAAGUAGGCAGAAUAGGUAUUACGGGAGCGCGAAGAAAAAAUUAGUCUCGCAACGAUAUAUCACUAGAUAUGCAUUUUACGGUGAUGUUUACGCGCGAUUUUGAAAUUUCGUAGUAAAUGCCCAAAUUAUUCCGAAAAAUUGAGUUCAAGCGUGAAAGCGGUAUAUAGUUUUAGGGCUCAAUUGUUCUGCGUCUACACGGAAUACACGUUUUGCUUAUUUCCCGAAAUGAUUUCAAACGAAUAACGCUUCAAUUUUCAAUUCGCCGAAAUUAUUCCGAACACGGCAUAAGUUAUUAUUACUAUUAGUGAAGUUCUAUCUUAAAAAUUAGGAGGCAACGCUUUAUAAAAUGAUAAUAAUUGAAUAGGUCACCACGAUGAUCGCAGUUCCAUGGAGAAGUUCAUAAAGCGUUGCAAACGCGAGAAUAAACUUGACGUCAAUCCGUGCUUAGAAAGAAAAACAUAUUCGUCUGGAACUAACGCGCUGCGUACUUUUCGGCAAUUAAAACGUAAAAGAUUAGUUUAUUUUUUUCAGGGAUCAGUUUUCGAAGCUUCUGGUCGCGCGCAAGCGCAGACGUCUUUCUCGUGGAUUGAAGAGGAAGCACCUCGCGCUCAUCAACCGAGUCCAAAAGGCGAAAAAAGCCGCCGGCGUCCUGGAAAAGCCAGCUGUGGUGAAAACUCACUUGCGCGACAUGAUCAUCCUUCCCGAAAUGAUCGGAUCAGUCAUCGGCAUUUACAAUGGAAAAGUUUUCAACCAGGUGAUUUUAUUCCUUCCCAUUUGUUCGUAAUUAACGAUUUUGCAGACCGAAAUCAAGCCAGAAAUGGUCGGUAAUUAUCUCGGAGAGUUCGCUAUCACCUACAAGCCUGUGAAGCACGGAAGACCAGGUAUUGGUGCCACGCACUCUUCCCGCUUCAUUCCUCUUAAGUAA